AUGCUGAAUGAAGAAACACGUAUCAAUCCUAUGGAAAAUAAGCUGUGGGAAAACCAAACGGUGUUUACAGAAUUCAUCCUUCUGGGAUUUGGGGAUAUUCCAACUCUUCGGGGCCUGCUUUUUCUGGUAGUUCUGAUGAUCUACAUCGCGACCAUGGCUGGAAACAUUCUCAUUGUUGCACUUGUUGUGGUCAGUCAGGAGCUUCACACACCGAUGUACUACUUCCUGGGGAAUCUGUCCUGCCUGGAGACCUGUUGCAGCUCAACGAUCCUGCCCAGGAUGCUGACCAGCUUUGUGAGGGGUGACAGAUCCAUUUCUUUAACUGGCUGUUUUCUACAGAUGUACUUCUUUGGUUCCUUGGCUGGGGCAGAAUGUUUCCUCUUAACUGCCAUGUCAUAUGACCAAUAUUUGGCCAUAUGCAAACCUUUGCACUACGCAACCAUUAUGAAGAAUGUGGAUUGCCUCCAUUUAGUGGUCGGGUCUUGGAUAAUUGGCUUUCUGGGGAAUGCCGUUUUGUUUCCUCUGCUGCAGGUAACAUUCUGUGGACAUAAUGAAAUCAGUCAUUUCUAUUUUACUAUUUUCUAUGGGACCCUGAUGAUUGUUUACGUGAUGCCCAACAAUCAUACACUGGGAGACUGGAAGAAAGUCCUAGGUGCCUUCUAUACUUUCUUGACUCCUAUGGUUAAUCCCUUCAUAUACAGCCUGAGAAAUAAAGACGUGAAACAAGCCUUGAGGAAGAUUCAAGAAAAAAUGAUUGUAGUUAAAUUUUAA